UUCAUCAUCAUUUGUUUAUUGUUUUUAUAUUUGUGAAUAUAUUCAAUUGAACAUCUGAUUUUGUUUUUUGAAAUUUUUCUUUCAAAAUUUCGAAUGAUGGAUAAUACAUCAUCAAAUGAUACUGGUACGACCAUUCCAAUGGUUACCGAAUCGGCCACACCCACCAGUACUAAUGAAUCAACAAUCAUUACUACUAAUGUUACAUCAAUAACGGAUUCAACAAUAACAACAAUGUCAACGAACAAAUCUGAAUCAUCAUCAUCAUCAGAAACAUUACCAACAAAUGCCGCUGAUAAUAAUAAUAAUAGUAGUGGAGCUGGAAACGGUGAAAAACCUUUAGGCCUAUUAGCACGUGCAGCCAUCAUGAAACGUCAAAUGGAUAUGGAAGACAAUGAACAACAACAACAGACAUCAACAUCUUCAGAUAACAGUGGUAAUGAUGAUAAAACCAUCAAGAUUGAACCCACAAACAUUGUUGUGAAAAAAGCAAAGAAGAGUUCAACGGCCAAUAAUGAGAAAAUUUCAUCAUCAUCAACAGCAACAAGUUCAUCACCAACAAUUCAAGCUGUUGCCAUACGCAAUCGUCAAUUCACAUUGAAACAGGUGUCGAAAUUUUCCGAUAAACGAUUAUUAUCAACAUUUGUUGAAUAUAAACGCGAUGUAAAAACGAAACGCUGUUCAUACAGUUGUCAAUUAUUGCCACAACAAUGUCAACAACGUUUUGAAUCGGUAUUCGGUUCAGCAGAAGCUGAACAAUCCAAAAAGGAUAUCGUUGAUCAUCUGCGACAACAUUUGUGCAAUCUUGAACAAACGAUGCCAAAUUUAAGGCUAAAUUCAUGCCGUAAAAUUCGUAAAGCGCCUGUUGAUAAUAAAAAGACAACAACAACAAAACAGAUUAAACAGGAAACAGAAAAUAUUUAUGUUACAGUAUCGGUUGCGCCAACAACAACGACGGCGACGUCCCAAUCAUUGACAGUUUCGACUGCAACGACGACAAAGACAGUUGCAGCCGAAAAUGAUAUCCUAAAACAAUCAAUAGCAAACGCUGAGAUUGAAGAGGAAAUCUAUGGUCUAAUGAAUAUUGAGAAUAAUCAGCAAAGACAACUUACCCAACAACAGCCUACAUUAAUUCAAACUGCUACACCAGUCCAUCAUAUAUUGAAUACAUCAUUACCGAUAUCAACAUUUGUUGUAGCAACACCGGCCAUGGCUGGUCAAACAUCAUUAAUGCCGCAUCAUACAAUCGAAGAUGUAUCUCAAACAGUGGAAAUUAUUUCUUCAACAGAUCACAUGGAUCAACAUCAAAACCAGUCUCUAUCCGGAACAUAUUCUACGGCAAUGACUACAGCAGCCGCCACAACUACGAAUACAACUUCAAUGAUGAAUGCGGCUGAUCCAUCAAUGCCAGCAAAUCAACUGCGUGCAUUAGCAUUGGAUUAUAUUGAUGAUAUCCGAAAGAAAAGCUCAUCAGCUGCACGAUCUAUAAUUGUAAAUGGUGAUAAAUCUGUCAUAUAUCAAUGUAAAAUCUGUCCGGAUAAACAAUUUACCUCAACAAAUGGAUUGAUAUUUCAUUAUAAAAAACAUGCCGGUCUUAAGCCUUAUGUAUGCGAUCUUUGCUCGGCCACAUUUACACGACAACAUUCAUUAAAUUAUCACAUGUUAAUACAUUUGAACAAAUCACGAUUCAUUUGUUCGGAAUGUUCGCGCCAUUUUCGUCAUCCAUCACAUUUCAAAGAACAUAUGCGCCGUCAUACAGGUGAAACUCCAUUCCAAUGUAGCGAUUGUCUUAUCAAAUUCAAAACGAGAAACACCUACAAACGGCACUUACAGACAAAGCAUUCAAAAAUAUUAACUUCAAAAGGAAUUAUAGAAGUGACUCCUGGAUCACAACAACAGCCAUCUCAACAACAACAAAUGUCAAUAGUGCCUACGCCUACAACUGCAACAACUACAACGAAAAAAAUUCUAGCAAUCAAAGGUGGUAGUGGAAAUAUUAUGACUGCUGGAUUGCAAACAACACCAAUGAUUGGACAAGUUGUUGCUAUUGGUCCAUCUACAUCCACCUUACCGAUUAUAACUGGAACGAUGGCAACAACAUCGGCUUCAAAUACAACAUCAACGGCUAAACCAAGAAGAAAAUAUGGCAUUAAAUAUUUACAUAAAAAUAUUGAAACAAUGACUAAAUAUGAACAACAACAACAUCAAACAGCCACAUUGAUACCGACAAAUCAUCUGACUGCAUCAACUGCCAUACAUCAUCCACAGAAUCAAACAUUGGCUACCAUUACGGAUCCGGCAACAAUAACCGGUACAAUAGGUGCAGCAGCAACUGCACAAACAGCUCCAGGAUCGAAUAUAACAAUUUUACGAAUGCCACAAUAUCCUUCGGUUCAUAUAUUGGAUAACGGUGGCGGUACAGCAACCGCAAACGCUGCAUUGGCGGCAACAAUGGCUGCAGCCAUACCAACCGGAACACCAACAACAACGACGACAACAGCAAUCGCUCGAAAAACGACACUGUUGAAUCGUUGUCAUCAACAACAACCACCAUUAUCAUCAACACAAACAUCAUUCUCAUCAUUACAGCCGGGUCAACAGCAACAAACAUUAACAUUAUUUACUGUUGGAUCAAUAGGUAUCGAUUCUGAAGGUAAACCAAUAUUUCAAAUAGCCCCUCCACCGAAUUCAUCUGAUCAUCAUCUAACAGCAUCAUUAGUACCAACAUUUACUACAAAUCAACAGCAUGAAAUCAUACAUGAUCAUCAUCAACAACAAUCACAGCAACAAAGUUUAACUGAGUUGACAUCGGCAAUACCAUUGACAGCGACAAGCAUUGGAGGUCAUCAUCAAUUAAUCUAUCAUAAUCAACCACAUCAAAUAUUAUCCAUACAUCCACAAACUAUAACACCAUCGGUAACAUCAGCAACAGUAAUACCAACAACACAAUCAUCAACAAUAACGGCAACAACGAAUGAUAAUUUUAUGUGUCUAUUAGAAGCAAUCGAAAUGACCAAAGAUGAGGAAUGAGAGAAAAUGAAUAAAUAAAUUAUCGUUUUAUAAAUUAUUGGUCAUUAAUUGGAUCAUUUAAGAAAAUGUCAUCAACAAAAAUAACAGGAAGAAAAAGUAUCUAUUAUAAUAAUUU